AUGUCGGAAGAACGUACGAUUAGUUCGGAAACUUCGAAAACUGGAAGUAAUGCUGUUGAUCUUUCGAAAGUUUCUUUUAGUAUUGAAAGAUUACUUGCACCUAUUGUGAAACCAAUUAACGAUGACAAUAAUUUGUUGCAAAGGGCACAGUUUUCUUUACGUGUUUGCAAUUCAAAUGAUUCAGAAACCAAAAUAUUGGUAAGCCCCGACUCGUCGGUUUCAAUGGCGGAAGAAAUUGAACUUGAUGAUACUGAUAUGGUUUGUUCUACUUCACCUGAACCAGAAAUGUGUUAUGAAGCGUGUACAAGUAGCAGCGGAGCCAAUUCUACGACAGGUGUAGAAAGAGAAAUUCAAGAAAGAACUGCCAACGCGAUUAGCGACGAUGAGAGGAAAAAAAGACCACGUACUGCUUUUACAGCUGCACAAAUAAAGUCAUUAGAAGCUGAAUUUGAAAGGAACAAGUAUCUAAGCGUUGCGAAGAGGUUGCAACUUAGCAAGACUUUGAAAUUAACCGAAACUCAGAUUAAAAUAUGGUUUCAAAAUAGGCGAACCAAGUGGAAGAGAAAAUAUACCAACGACGUAGAAUUAUUGGCUCAACAAUAUUACUCGAGUUUGGGUAUACCUGCACCUAGGCCAAUUUUUGUUGGAGAUCGUUUAUGGUUUUUUAAUUAUCCAACACAAUCUCAACCAAGUGCUACAUUUUUUCCCCAACAUUUGACGCCAAUGCCUUUACCACCAGCUUUGCCAAUCGUACAACCAUUACCCAUCAUCCCACGCAUCAUCUUACUCAGAGAUUAG